AUGACUGGCGGCAAGUCUGGCGGCAAGGCCACUGGCACCAAGAGCAGCGCUCAGAGCCGUUCCUCCAAGGCCGGUCUCGCCUUCCCCGUUGGUCGUGUCCACCGUCUCCUCCGCAAGGGCAACUACGCCCAGCGUGUCGGUGCUGGUGAGUCAAAUCGCGUCUUCCAUUUCAAAACAAUCACAUCUAACGCGUCUUUUCANGGUGCUCCCGUCUACCUCGCUGCCGUUCUUGAGUACCUGGCUGCCGAAAUCCUGGAGUUGGCUGGUAACGCCGCUCGUGACAACAAGAAGACCCGUAUCAUCCCCCGUCACCUUCAGCUCGCCAUCCGCAACGACGAGGAGUUGAACAAGCUUCUCGGACACGUCACCAUCGCCCAGGGUGGUGUCCUCCCCAACAUUCACCAGAGUACGUUUUGCGCCACUUCCACAAUCAGACUCCCACAUUCUAACAUGCUCUUCCANGACCUUCUUCCCAAGAAGACCGCUGCCCCCAAGGCUACCGGCGGCCCCAGCCAGGAGCUGUAA